ACAGCGCCUGCGCGGCUUCGCGGGCCGGCUGCAGUCCGGGCGUGCGGGCGGCCGCGGCGGCGUCGGUGGCGGCGGCGACGACCAUGAGGCGGCUGCUGCUCUUCCUGGUGGCGGCGGCGGCCGUGGUCCGCAGCGACGCCUCCACCAACCUGGGCGGCAUCUCGACCAGGCGCCUAAAGAUGCAGUACGCCACGGGGCCGCUGCUCAAGUUCCAGAUCUGUGUUUCCUGAGGUUAUAGGCGGGUGUUUGAGGAGUACAUGCGGGUUAUCAGCCAGCGGUACCCAGACAUCCGCAUUGAAGGAGAGAAUUACCUCCCUCAACCAAUAUAUCGACACAUAGCAUCUUUCCUGUCAGUCUUCAAAUUAGUAGUAAUAGGCUUAAUAAUUGUGGGCAAGGAUCCUUUUGCUUUCUUUGGCAUGCAAGCUCCUAGCAUCUGGCAGUGGGGCCAAGAGAAUAAGGUCUAUGCAUGUAUGAUGGUUUUCUUCUUGAGCAACAUGAUUGAGAACCAGUGUAUGUCGACUGGUGCAUUUGAGAUCACCUUAAAUGAUGUACCUGUCUGGUCUAAGCUGGAAUCUGGUCACCUGCCGUCAAUGCAACAGCUCGUUCAAAUUCUUGAUAAUGAAAUGAAGCUUAACGUGCAUAUGGAUUCAAUCCCACAUCACCGGUCAUAGCCCCACCUCUCAGCACUGGAAACUCUUUUACAUUAAGGGAUUCUCCAAGAGCAGCGCGGCUGCCCUCAUGAAGGCCUGCACUGAAGACAGCAGCUGUUGGUGCAGGCUGGAUCUUCCUGGCAGGCUCGUUGUACCUCUUGGGAAACCUCAAUGCAAGACAGUUGCUCAGUGCUGGCACAUUUUGGAAUUCUGCACAUUCGAGGAGUGCAAUAAUACUGUAUAGCUUUUUUCUCCCUUUCCCAAAUCCACUCAGUUAAGAGUUUUUUUAAAAUGUGACAUUACUACUUGUACCUUUUCUUUCUUAGUCAUAUUUGACAAAGUAGGAUAUUUAGUUACAAUUAAUUUCACUUCAAAAGAUGCCUGUUUAAAUCUGUUGUAAUUUUAUAUGAAUUUUCCUUUUUAUAGUUUAAAAUCAGUCCUUUUAGGAGUAUAGUUGAAGUUCCCAAAUACUUUAUAAGAGUCUAUCAGACAUCUCUGAUUUGGCCAUGUCCAGUUUAUGGUCUCCAGAAAUACCGUAGAGAUUGUGAGCAGUGCAUUAUACAAAAUUAUGGGGGAAAUCCUAUAUCCAGAGUACUCUACCCAUUUGUGUGUAUGUGUGUGUAUGCGUGUAUGAUUACCAAGAACUACUAAAAGACCAACUGCUUUUUCAGUCCUGUUGUGUAGUUCGUGUCUUGCCUUGACCAAUCUAAUGAGUUGAUUAACUGGGUCUUUAUAACUUAACCCAAUACAAAACUAAGCAAAUAUAAGUUAAAUAAAAUGUUUGAAUUUAUUGCCCAAUGUACCUGUUAACAUAUAUAAUCGUCUGCGUAAAUUUUCAUUCUUACAGAUAAUUUCAUAAGGGAAACACUUUAAAUGCACACAAUUGCCAUCUUGUAGAAUAAUCGAAAUUCAACUCACUAAAGGAGAUUCCAUUGGACUCCUUUUCCAUUAUCAAUACUAGGUGAAUAGAGACCACAUGUCUAAUAUUUAACUUAUCUAAUAUAUAUAUAAGAGUUUUAUUAUAUGAGGAACAAUGUUGAAGAUUUUUUAUGCAGUGAAUUAAAGAUUGCCAGAGUUCUAAAACUAUAAUUUUUAAAGACUUAAAUUAAUAAUAAAGAUUAUAAGAGUAAUUAGUAGAAAUAGGGCUGUGAUGUCGAAACUGGCUGUAGAGCAGCAGUCACGGUAUACUUGAGCUUCCCCGUAGGAGUGGAGUUGGUCAGUGCAGAGAGCACUGCGGGAGCUGAGGUAACAGCAGGCUGGGGCGCUGGCCUGACUGGGCGACCCAGGCUAGAUCCCCGCAUUCUGUAUGGCCCCCGAGCAUCGCCAGGUGUGGCCCAAAGACAAAACAAAAAAUACAGGAUUUGAGGAAAAGCGGUAAUUUACCAAAUAGUACAGCUUUGUACUUAAUUGGUCACCAGGUGUUUGUCGAAUGCAUGUCUGGCAGUGAUUGUGAUUGUGACAACCUCAAGGUGGAAGGAAUUUCCUCUAGCUGUUUGGAAGUUAGUCUACUAAAUUCACUGCAGAAAUGUCUCCCUUUUGCCUCAGACUGCAAAACUGUUAGCCUAAAUUCACGUAAUUCCAAGAAUCAGAAACUACUGAGCGCUUACCGUUUACGUUCAAAACUAAUUUAUCUUUAAUUUGGGCUUCAAACCACAUUAAGUUGAUGUGUAAAGCCCAUGCUUUCUCUUUUCUGUAGGGUUCUGCCAAGUAUGUGUAGUAUCUUUCAUUUCCGACUGGUUCACCUUUUGUCGCAGACUUGCCGAUCGGGGCCUGUGAUGUGUCCUGAGCCCGCCCCGGCCUUCCUGCUGGAGGGGGCCGCCUGUGUGGAGAGAGCUGGAAGGCUCUGGUCAAACCCAGCUGUUUGUUGAAAUCCUUCUCAAUAUUGUUGUUUUCUCUUCCACCACAUUUUGAUCUAGGACUCAAGGGCCUAGUUAAAAAUGGAAAGUGCCGAGGAUUCAGACGGGUUCGGCUGUGAGGUUUACUGGUGCCCGUCUAGAAUCUGACAGCGGGUCAGCUAAUGUCGUUUGGAAUUUACUAUGGUCAUGAUCGUGGGAGAAAUUGUUAGAGUGAUUUUUUUUUUUAAUGUCAAUUUACUUUCAUACCUCGAUGUCCCGGCAUGCAGGAGAUGUGCUUUCGGAAUGGAAAUGCGGAACUCACGGCUGGCUGCUGCCAGCAGGUGACCAGCCUUCACAAACACUGUCAAAAUAUAAGAGGAUCCCAAUAGUUUUUCUUAUUUUGCAAUGUUACGAAUUUGGGAAGCCUUAAAUACUUGGCAUUUUAUCAUUGUCAUAAUUUAAAAAAUCACAUUUUUAAAACAGCCUAUAGGAUUAUUAAAUUGUUACUACUAAGGCUUUAAAAAACCUUUUUUGAGAGAAACAUAAGAAAUUGUAAAAUUUGGGGGAUUUAGCAUUGCAAAAAUAAACUUUUAUUAAGCUGA